AUGACCUCCAAGCAAUUCUACAGCACCGCUUCCCCUUGGGAAGCUCGAAUCGGCUACUACCGUGCAGUCCGCCGUGGGAAUCUGAUCUGGGUAUCUGGGUCAACUUCUGCAGACCCAAACUCAUUGCUAUCAGCGGCCCAGGUCCGUUUUCCUGGGGAUGCUAAACAACAAACUCGCCUUGUACUUCAAGAGAUCAUUGAAGCAAUUCAGGCAGUGGGAGGAAAAGGCGCCGAGAGUAUUGUGAGAUGCCGUAUGUUUGUCAGUAGGAAAGAAGAUUGUGGCGUGGUGGGGGAGGCGUUUCGAGAGCUUUUGGGAAAAGACCAUGGAGGGCAGAUUGGGACUGCUGCAACGAUGAUUGUGGUAGCAGAUGGCUUUGUUGAUGAUAAUAUGCUCGUGGAAAUUGAAGCUGAUGCAGUUGCUGAGAUGGAAUAG